UUACGAAGUCAACAUGCGUAGUAUACGGGAAUUCUGUCUAAACAUCUAGGGAACCGAAUGUUUUCCAUGAUUCAUCGUUAUUUUAUAGGAUCCUGAAGCAUUGGCGGAAUACUGUGCACAACCACAGAAUCGAGAUGUCUGCGAACAACUUCUAGCAUCAUUAGUCGCUGAGGAACAGGAGGCAAUGCCAAUGGAUGACAAUAUAAUCCUGAACGAAGAAAACUUUCCUAAUAAUAUAGUCUAUCCAGACACGGAUUUACGCACGAUACAUCAACAAGGGGUUGACUGGGGGGAUGCGAUGUUGAGUAGGGAGCAUGAACUAGCAGAGCUGCAGAUAUUGGGUUGA